UCGCCCGAUUCAAAUCGAAAUCGACGAUCCGGACCACAGCUUCCGUCCCGAAUCUGCCUCCUAAAACCCUGCUCACAACUCGAUUCAAGCAUCCGCCACAGCUUCAGUCUUCAGACUCGUUCAAAAACUCCCGAGGUAGAACACCGCCGUCUUCAGAGGCUGAUUCGAGGGAGCAUUCACGCUCACAGGGAGGCGAUCAGGCAACCUAAUGCUCAGAGCUCCGUCUGCCGUUCGGAUUAGGCAACCUCGAGCCGUAAAACCUUUUAUCCCGCAUCGUCCCUAGCAGUGACAUUGGUUUCAGCGGGCGGACCUCCCCGUCUGAAGAGUUCCCAAGUUUCUGGACUGGUUGAUUGUUCGAUUAUGACGACUGCUCAUUUCGCCAUUCACUAUCCGCUUGCGAAAAGCCUACAGUACUGCUCUGAAAACGUAAUCUCGAAACCCUCACUUACCUUCAGAUAUUCUACGCAGUCGCCUACAAUAAGAUCGGCUAUGUCAGAUAACCCUACUAUUGUCACCGCCGAACCUAAGGAGAAAUUCCAGCAUUGCUUCAGCAAGUCUGGUGACGGGUUUCUCUACUGCGAGGGUCUCAAAGUUCAAGAUAUAUUAGAUUCGGUGGAGAAGAGGCCGUUUUACCUGUACAGUAAGCCCCAAAUUACCCGAAAUUUUGAAGCGUAUCGGGAAGCUCUGCAAGGCUUGAGAUCGGUUGUUGGUUAUGCAAUCAAAGCCAAUAAUAACGUAAAAAUUCUUGAGCAUUUGAGGCGAUUGGGUUGUGGUGCCGUGCUAGUCAGUGGCAAUGAGCUGAAAUUGGCGCUUCGCGCAGGGUUUGAUCCGGCAAGGUGUAUAUUUAAUGGUAAUGGGAAACUCUUGGAGGGCCUGGUGCUGGCUGCCCAAGAAGGAGUUUUCGUUAAUGUUGACAGUGAAUUUGAUUUGGGAAAUAUUGUGUUAGCGGCAAGAGUUGCUGGAAAGAAGGUCAAUGUUUUGCUUCGGAUCAAUCCUGAUGUUGAUCCUCAGGUUCAUCCUUAUGUUGCUACUGGGAAUAAAAACUCCAAAUUUGGUAUCAGAAAUGAGAAGCUGCAAUGGUUUUUGGAUGCUGUGAAGGCACAUCCAAAGGAGCUGAAGCUUGUGGGGGUCCAUUGCCAUCUUGGGUCUACCAUUACAAAGGUGGACAUAUUCAGGGAUGCUGCAAUCCUUAUGGUGGGCUACAUUGACCAAAUCCGGGCCCAAGGCUUUGAAAUUGAAUACCUUAACAUUGGAGGUGGUCUGGGAAUAGAUUAUCAUCACACUGGUGCUGUCCUUCCAACCCCAAUGGAUCUUAUCAAUACUGUCCGGGAGCUGGUUCUCUCUCAUAACCUUAAUCUCAUCAUUGAACCUGGGAGAUCACUUAUUGCCAACACUUGUUGCAUAGUUAACCGAGUGAUUGGGGUCAAAACAAAUGGAACAAAAAAUUUUAUUGUUAUUGAUGGAAGCAUGUCAGAACUUAUCCGACCAAGUCUUUAUGGUGCUUAUCAGCACAUAGAGUUGGUUUCUCCCUCACCACCUGAUGCAGAGAUUUCCACAUUUGAUGUGGUGGGCCCUGUCUGUGAGUCUGCAGAUUUCUUGGGAAAGGACAGAGAGCUCCCUACUCCUGCUAAGGGAACUGGUUUGGUAGUUCAUGAUGCAGGAGCAUAUUGCAUGAGCAUGGCAUCAACAUACAAUCUCAAGAUGCGACCACCUGAGUAUUGGGUCGAAGAAGAUGGAACUGUGGCCAAAAUCAGGCAUGCAGAGACUUUUGAGGACCAUUUGAGAUAUUUUGAGGGCCUUUGAUCAAAUAUUUAUGUUCAACUUUUGAUUGGGACCGUUGCUCUCGUGAAGUAUAUGCAUGACGCGUCUGUUCCCAUGCAUGUAUUACGAUGUAGUCUAGCUGAACAUACAGUUUAUUAGAUUUUAGGGAAAAUGAAUCGUGUCCGGAAAGUGGCCAUGUGCCAACCCCUGGCCAAUUAGAAUGCACAUGCAGGCAUUGACCAAGAGGGGUGUAAUGGUCAUUUUGCAUCUUCCUAUGCCUUGGUGCGGCACAUAUGCUCAGACAAAGAAUGCAUUCUUUUUUUCUU